CGCGAGCAAAACCAAGACAUACAUUUUGCCAAGCGAGCACGAGACCCCAAGAUACGCGUCUCUUGGGCCAGAAGCUCCAUAACUUCGAAAUCUCAAACAAUGCUUGCAAGAUAGUACUGUUCAACACAAUUCCAUAAUGGCUGAUUUCGCGCCCUACCAAGAUCAAUCUCCUGAGACGAAUCGAGCCCUCUCUCCACCGCCGAUCGAAGGCCGACGCUCUUUCUCACCUGGCGGCCAGCGUUCCCCAGCUUUCCCAUCUCCCACGAACACUCCGAAACCAUCUGUGAAUCCUUGGGCGCCGACUCAUGAUAGCUCUGCGAGGGCGUUCGGAAAUAGUGGAGGUAAUGGUGGGUUUGGAGGGGACAUUGAGAGUGGCAGGGGGAGGUUGAACGAGUUCGAUACAAGCCUUCCGAUCAGAUUGGAUUAUGAGGCCUGCCUGGCAUAUCUUCUGCUACCGCCUGCUGGGGGAGUACUGCUUCUGGUGAUGGAGCAGAAGAGUGAUUAUGUUAGAUUCCAUGCAUGGCAAUCAGCGGUAAGGCUUAUCCUCAUACCAAUUUGCUCUUGCCUUCUAUGGAAGCUAGGAGCCCAGGAGCUGUUUCGGGAACUGGCAUAGUUCCUUUGGCCUUGUUUCUUGGCAGCAGGGUGGCCCCGAAGCUCUCAGCUCCCUCACGCCUCGUCGGGGUUUUACCAUGCUAAUUCGCUGGGCAGCUGCUGUUCUCUGCGAUAUUCGUGCUGCAUUUGGUCUUCUCGUGGUCCACGUUCCUUUCUUGGUUGAUAUUUAUUGGUGAUUUGGGGUUGAUUGGGCUCCUUACGUUUAGGGCCUACCGGGAUGCGGACACAUUAGACAGAUUUGAAGUGCCAUUCUUUGGUCCACUAGCUAGCAGGAUACUGGACGAUGAGUGAGGCUUGCCUCUGGGAUUUAUUUGAGCUCAAGAUACCCUUUGCAUGGCACGCAUGGAAACUGUAGGAAGACCGCAUACAGACAACCUAAUUGAUAAUAUCGUGAAUUACUAUUUUUGCC